CCACUUCCGGAACAGGCACUCGAGAUUGGGUUCUCCCCCGCGCGGCGGAAAGCUCCGCUGCGCUCAUCUUCUGCGUGAUUCCCAUGUGCGAACCCGGACUUUAAAGCCGUGCGGGCAGCGGGACGUUACGAGUCGUCGCGACCAGUGCAAGCCUGCUGCAUCAUGGUCCAGCUCACUACCCUCCUCUGCAAAGCCUACCAUGGGGGCCAUCUAACCAUCCGCCUUGCCUUGGGAGGCUGCACCAACAGGCCUUUCUUUCGCAUUGUGGCUGCUCACAACAAGUGUCCCAGGGAUGGCCGUUUUGUGGAGCAGCUGGGUUCCUAUGAUCCACUACCCAACAGUAAUGGAGAAAAGCUGGUUGCCCUCAACCUGGAGAGGAUCCAGCAUUGGAUUGGCUGUGGGGCCCACCUCUCUAAGCCUGUGGAAAAGCUUCUGGGUCUUUCUGGCUUUUUCCCUCUGCAUCCUAUGACGAUCACAAAUGCUGAGAGACUGCGAAGGAAACGGGCACGUGAAGUUCUCUUAGCUUCUCAGAAAACAGAUACAGAGACUGCAGAAGCAGAAUCCAGCUGACUUCAGUGUGCAUAGCAGUGGGAGCAACGUCGCUAAGGUCUCCUAAUUUUGAUAGAUUCAGAGGUCAAUAAAUGGAGUUUUCUGAGUCACCCAUGCUCUUCUGGAAGCAGGAGAGGGUAGUGGGCCUCUAUAGCCCUGGUCUGAGCAGGGCCCAGGGAGAGAGACUUGUUCUUAUCUGACACAGAGGUGGGUCUAGGAACAAUUGCUCUUUUCAUCUUUCCUGUUGGGAAAGACAGUGACUGUGGUGGGGGAGGAGGGAAAGAAGUUGGAAUUUUGGGUUGGGCCCUAGGUCUCUUGAAAAACUUUAUAGUCCGCUGCCUUGCAAGAAUAUGGUGUUUCAGAGUCCCCAAUCUCCAUGUCUAUGUCCCAUCCCAAAUAAUUCUUUCCUUAAUCACUUGUGGUCAUCCCCCCAGUUCAUGAACACAGUUACCCAGCUCAUUGUUUUUGUAAUUUGUGAUUUAUAUAUUCUUGCUUGACACAUAAUCUCAGAUUUAAAAAGGUAGAUUGGUUUUGAAAAUUGCUUGAGGGCUAAUAGCCUAUUUUUUAAGAUGAGAAUCUGGAAGAAAUCUAACAUUGUAAAGGAGCUAAAUACAUUCUAGGCCCUUUACAUACAAGGUUAUUUGUGAGGAUUAUAAAGUAUCAUAAGGGUAGGUAGGAUUAUCUCCAUUUUACAGAUGGGGAAGCUGAGACUCAGAGGUGGAAAUUUGCCCAAGUUCACACAGUUAAUACUGGGCAGAGCUAGAAUUCAAGACCUAAUGUAUCUGAAAAGCCCUUUCCAAGAUAUGUCAUCUGUAGGGGAAAAAAUGAGCAAAGAUAGGGGGCUUUUCAAGACUCCAUUUAGAAAGUCAGUGAUAGAACCAGGUUUAGACAUCAUGAGUUUCAUAAUACAAAUGAUUGCUUUGCCAAAAAAGAACACAUAAGAUAACACAUUAUCUGCUUCAACACAACCACAGGAUUCUACAACCACAAGAAUGGAUAAGACAGUUUUAGUACACAUUGAUAUAUACAGAUUUCAAAUUUUAGGAUGGACUAGGAUAUAGGAAAUUUAUUGAAGAGAUUCUAAAACCCUAUCAGUGUAUUCUGUGGGUUUUAUAUUCUGAGAAUAAUUACCAGCCACCUCAAAUUCUGGAGUCAUCAAGGCUCCUCCAGGGUUGUUGUUGGUAGGCCUCCCCUUGCAUUGAGGAGACUGAAGCCAGGACAGGUUCAGAGGAACUGAUUUUAGCUGGGUUUGAUCUUGGAUCUGGGAAAGAAAUGAUUUGAAAACCAUGGCAACUCUAAAAGUUUAAAAGAUACUAAUCUGUGGAGGGAUUGGGGUCCUUGGAGAAAUUUUAAUUGGUGAAACAGAGAAGACUGUGAUUCUGCAAAGUGCUAACCAGUCAGGGAGCUGAUGUGAAAUAGUUAAGGUAAUGUAUUAUUUUGACUUACUGAGUUUCAGCAACUUAAAUAUUCACCUUGUCCUCUAACAUCUGUAUAUACACACUUUUUGUGAUUUUUGCCCUCUCUCUGAUUCCCAAACUUUACUUCAGCCCUAGCCUUGCUUUGGAUCUACUGGCCCAAAUUUCUCACCAUCUUUGAUAGUUGCACCAGCAUAUCCUCAGCACCUCAAACUCAACAUGUUCACACCCAGCUUUGAACUUUACAAAGCUUUAAAAAGUUAAAGGCAGGCAGCUUCUAUUUUUAUUAAGAUCAGGAUUUGGGUUACAUUAUCUCCAAUGUGGGAGAUGACUCUGGGCUGGAAGGUGAGUGGGAAUGAUUCUGUAAUAAAUGUCAAAUCCAUAGGCUUUCAGAUGAGUUUUAAAGACUGGUGUUUUGUGGGUUUUGUUUAAUUUAGACUUUUCCUUGCAGGGUUCAAGGGGAAGUACUUCAGCAGUCCCAAAGUUAUUUGGCCCAUAGCAUCAGUACCCCUAAUAGCAGGAUAAUCUUUGAAAAAGAACAGAAUUCUGAUUAACCGUUAGGUUGAACCAUAUGAAAUUGUCAAGUGCCGAACUUAGAUUGUUUUUUACUUAAAAGUGUUGGGGGGGAGGCACAAGAAAUCACGGCAACUUCGUAGAUUCAACCUAAUAUGAGCGCGUUGCUAAUAUUGAAUAAGCUAUUGGGACGGGGGAGAAAACAGACGCGAGAUUUCCAGUGUCAGGGGAGGAG